AUAUCAGCGAUGGAAAGUGGAGAAGCCAUAAGAACUGCUCCGGCUCAACAUUUUUAUUGCACAAGUGUAAUUUUAAUAAAUAUUAAGGUUUCUUUGAUUUUGAAUCGGAUGCAGACCUUCUGGGUCCGCCUGGAGAUGCGGAUAAUAAUUUGCUACAGAUUCCUCUGCAUAGUGGAGGCACUACAGACCACGUGAGAGGAAUAUUCAACGACGGUCCCCGACAGACCGGCUCAUCUCAUGCUGGCACUCCUCUGCUGCUGACAUGGACUCUUGGGCUCUGUAUUUUCUCAGCUUACCACAAACAGACGCGGAGGGAGGGCGACACUCUGUCUGAAUGUAACCUUUGAUCUGUUGACGUUUUCUCUUAUUUUUGUUCUGUUUGAUUUUUUCUUCUUCCCUUCUCCACAAGUUAAACCAGUUACGGGGCUAUGGCUUGGCCGUGCAUCAGCAGAGUGUGCUGCCUGGCUCGGUUCUGGAACCAGUUCGACAAAUCGGACCUCUCCGUCCCGCUCACCAUCCAGAACUACUCGGACAUCGCCGAGCAUGAGGUGCGAUCCGUCACCAAACAGGUCUCCGCCUCGGAGCGCGCACCCGGGAAUAACUACUCGACCCCGGACCAGCGUGCCGCCGGCACCCCUAGCGCACCCAAAGAUGGCCCGGGGACCCGAGGAUCUUUCAGGGCGCGAAAGGAGUCCAGUUACAAGCCCCGGGAGGACUACCAGCCGCCCGGAGUGCCUUUCCCCAGUGUCACCCAGUACAAACAGGAUUUCAAACCCUGGCCCAUUCCCAGGAAGGAUAAUUUCCCUUGGAUUAGUAACGGGGGCAGCAGGGCAGACGGUGUUUCGGACAGCCCGGUGAACAGUUACCACAGCCAGGCACAAGCGGGGGACAGAGAGGAGCGCGGCAGGGGCCAGAGGUCGGGGGAUCAGCAAGUAACGGGGGAGAGCGAGACCUCAUACAGGCAAGAGUACAGACCAUGGACGGGGGUGAGACCAGCUAAAAGUGUGAGGAAAAAUCCUACAGCUCAAUACUCCAGCCCAGGGACAGAGGCCACCCACGUCCCGCGCGAGACCAGCUAUCAGGCUGCCUACAGCGGGGAGGGCCACAGGUCCAUAGGGCUGCAUCAGGGGGAGAACGAUAUCACAUCAGCUGCCUCCAACACACAACAUGCUGCUGUCCUCCAGCCCAUCCCCACUGCUAUGCAAGCUGGCAGGUCACCCAUCCCCUCCAGCCUCCAGCAGAGCAUCCCGCCUGAGAGGACCGAGUUCAGUAGAACAAUCAAGGGAGAGGAACAUCUGGUGCGGACCAAAUUCCCUCCGAACCCUUCUGCCGUCUUUCAAAGCGGGCCGAGGGUCUUCAACAUCUGACAGCUGCUCCGACUUCCAACCAUUCCACUUUGAUCGGUCAUAAGGAACUAACAGGGGAAAUGAUUUGAGUCCAUUCCACAACACAAUAAUCUAUGCAAGGGAAUGUACAUUGUUGUGGAGCCUGUGGAGCUGCAGCAUCACUAUCCCCAGUGAGAGACAGACGGAUAGAUAGACGCC